AUGCUUAUUUUCCUUCUUUUUUUUCGAUUCGUAAUUUUAUCUCUUUUUUUAUUUCCUUCCAUCCUUCCACCAACCAAUAUCCAACCUUUCUCCUUUAUUCCAUCUUUCUUCAUUCAUUCCAUACUUCUGUUCGUAUUUAAUCUUUUUUCUUUCCUUCAUUUUUUUUAUUUCUUAUUAUUACUCGUCUGUAUUUCUUUCAUUUACUUUUUCCUUCGUCUUUCUUUCCUUCUCUCCAGCCGUAUUUUAUUUUCUCUUUCCGCGUUCCUUACUUCUCACAGGCAAUGGAACUUCUUCGAGAAUCCGGUGCGUAUUUCCCGCCUCAAGACUUGUUUGUUUCUAUUUAUCUCUCUCUCUUUUAUUUUGUUUCUAUUUCUUUUGAAAUAUCUAUCUGUCUAUGUCUGUUCUAUCUAUCUAAUUCUUUUCAUUAUCUAUCUAUUCAUCUCUCAAAUUCUAGGAGACUGUCGAUCACGUGUCAUGUUUGAAUCUAAAACAAACCUCCCUCUCUUUUUCUCUCUUUUUCUCUCUUUUUCUAACAUUUUUCUUCUUUUUCUCUUUAUCUGUCUCUGCCUUCCUUUUUUUUUUCCAACUUCAUUUUCUCUUCUUCUUUAUCUCCCGACAAGUUAUUCAACACAUUGA